CUUGUUUUCAACGUUAAAAUCACUAUUUUUGAACCGUUUGAACCACUCACGACACGUCGAUUCACCAAUACAUUCCACCCUUAACAUCACUAUUUUUGAAGGAUUAUAAAAACCAUUCUCUACAAUAUGUCAAGUCGAUUAUUCGUUGGUUCCUUGGUGCAUUGUAACAAAAAAAGGGAAUUACUUGUAAUUAAACAAGCCGCAGUACUGGUAGAAAAUGGCAAGAUAACCGAUGUUAUUGUUAAUCCAAAUCUUAGUACAAUUAAAGCUGAUCAUGUAACGUAUUUAAACGAGCAUGAAUUCUUAAUACCAGGUCUUAUUGAUUGUCAUACCCAUGCUGUUCAAUUUCCUAAUCUUGGUUUGGGUUAUGAUAGAAAUCUAUUAGACUGGUUAGAAAAGUAUACUUUCCCAUUAGAAAAAAAAUAUGUCGAUGAGAAUUUUGCUAAACAUGUAUUUAAAACUGUUGUGAAACGUACACUGGAUAUGGGUACAACAACAGCAUGUUAUUUUGCAUCUUUAUAUGGAAAGGCAUGUAUGGAAUUAGCACAAGCAGUUUCAAAAUAUGGCCAACGUGCUUUUAUAGGAAAAGUAAAUAUGAAUAUAGACCGCGAUGAUGGUUAUUGUGAAAAUACGGUAGAUUCUAUAAAAAAUACUGUACAAUUUGUAGAUGAUAUUAACGCUUUAAACAAUCCUCUUAUAAAACCAAUCAUUACACCAAGAUUUGCUUUAAGUUGUGAUAUGAAAUUGAUGAUAGAAUUGGGUUUGCUAGCUAAAAAUAAAAAUCUUCGUAUACAGACACAUAUUUCGGAAAAUCUAGAUGAAAUUAAAGCAGUACUAAACAUGUUCAAGGACUAUACAUCUUACGCCAGUGUAUAUAACGCAGCUGGGCUUUUAACUGACAAGACGAUAUUAGCUCAUGCAAUAUACCUUACGGACAGUGAAAUAGCGCUUGUCAGACAAAAUGAUACAGCAGUUAUACAUUGUCCAUCAUCCAAUACAUGUUUAAAAAGUGGUAUGUGCGAUGUACGAAAAUUAAUUUCACAAGGACUUAAAGUAGGACUAGGAACAGAUGUAGCCGGAGGACAAAGCUCCAGUAUGGUAGAAGCAAUGAGAUCUGCAUUAGCGGUGUCAAACAACCUUGCUACAAUUAAAAAUGAUUAUAUUAGUCUUGAUUAUAAAGAAGUUUUUUAUAUGGCUACUUUAGGUGGUGCUAUAUCAUUAGGAAUCGACGAGGAGGUAGGUAAUUUAAUGCCUGGUAAACAAUUUGAUGCACUUGUAAUAAAUAUGAAUGUUAAUGAUAGCCCAAUAGACAAUUUAAUGAGUUAUACAUUAGAAGAGCAAUUACAAAGAUUUAUAUAUUCUGGAGAUGAUCGUAAUAUUUUGGAAGUUUAUGUUUCUGGUCGAAAAGUUAAAUAAAAAUAUGUUUAAUUUUCUUUA